AUGGUUCUUUUGGCUCAGGGUCCCUACUCCUUUUGCCCCGGCGACAGCCGGCCAAAGGGUCUCGCAGGGAAGGAAGGAAACGAAGGGCUGGAGAAGAACAUUGAAAAAAGCAAUAUUCGCCCACGUAGCGCCUAUGGCCGCAAAUUAGCGGUGGGCGAAGAGCAGAAGCUGUCGGGGUUAACCUUUGAGACACAAGGCCCUUGA